GAACCUCCUUGUGACAUAACAAAAAACUGGUGUGGAUGGAGAAGUUUACGUGGUUGGAAAAGAAUCAGUCACAGAGAUCUUGAGCAGCAAGGCAGUCAGGAAUCACGUGCUGAUGAUAACGCAGAUAGCACAAACGAAAGAGGUACGUUAUGUUGGUUUUUUAAAAAUCAAAAGUCGCUUUGUGCUGUGUUCAACCAUUUAAAGUUUGGCGGUCUCCUUUUAUUUGUUGAACGGGACUUCAACCUUUCAACCGUUUUUGGAGGAGAAAAGGUUGUCAAUGGACACCAAAUCAGUAACGCUAAAAGUAAACAUUCAUGCCUGGCAACAGAUUAGCGGACUCUGUAACGAAAAUGUUUGAUAUUAAUUUUGCUUGGAGUUUACUAGCCAUAUUUUUCUCGAAAAUUCGUUUCCAACUUAGAGUGCGACUACUCGAACCGGGGCACUUGGAAGAAGAUUGUUCAAUCAAAACGAUUUCUGAAAACAAAAAUUUCAAAUGUUUUUGCACAGACCAAUAAAAUUAAAGAUUAAACUAUGGAACCGUUGAAAACUUUAAAACGGUUCGAACCUACCUGACCUCUCAGGAAACAGUCCUCAAAUUAAUGAAUGUCAUUGGUCCGUUUGCAAAAGAACAAAUCGUUGUGAUUAGACAGUCUUCUUCCAAUAGCCCCGGUUCGAGUAGUCGUACUUUAAAAGAGCAAGACCAAUUGCCCCCGUUCGUUCUCUCAAUUUAGUUGGAAAGCUAUCGAGGUGUAUGGUUUGUGAAAAAAGGUGGUUUAUUCGCUUAGUCUACUUGGUUUUAAUUUCUUCUAUUAUCUGGGUGAAUCCAUGAGCGGGAAAGACGAAGCGAAUCCUGUGUUGUUAUUGGCUCCCCGAGCGAGCAAGAUGGACCUAUCUUACACGCUUGGGAUUUUCCGUCUUGGUCCCGCAAGAAAAGGGUCUCAUUUGGCCAUGUACUAAAUCCUCUAUUGACCCAGCUUGUUUUGUUACGAUGAAAUGAUAUUGGCCUCGUCCUUUUGCGCUUUUUAAGUGACCUCGACUUCGCCUCUGUCCAUGAAAACUCCAAAAAAGAAACAGGGCCCGGUUCCUGAAAUAUGGAUUAGCGUCAAUCCAGGAUUAAAAUUUUGUUCCGUUUUUGUAUUUUACAUUCCUAUGCUUAGGGUAACAUUUUGUGUUAUUAUUACUGUAUCUCGUAGUAAAUACUAAACAGUAUAUUGUAACCUCGAGUUGCAUGUUCUUAGACGAGAAAACCAUGCUUAAAAUUUGCCUUAAUACUGAGUAAAACUUAACCAUCUUUCGAGGAACCGGGCCCUGACCAAUAUCCGGCCAAUUUUUCCUCAUGCUUGGACAAUAAAGUGUAUAAAUACAAGACCGAUAAGAGACGUUAAUAAGGUACAUUUGGAGUUGAUAGUAAAAGGGAAUUUAGAUAGUACUAGACCACAAAUAUAUGAGUCCCUGUUAGCAACGUGACCAGAAUGGGUCGUUCCCAGUGGAUGGAUCAGAGUACUUACAACAUUACCCUAUUACAUGGUCGACGUAAUCGGCUCCCUCACUGGACGGUUACAGGACCAUCCCAAAUAACUACUAGGUACAUUUGUGUCAAUAAUCCAAAUGCUUGCAAGUUAAUGAUUGCCAAUUUUUCAGUUAUAGAAGUCAUUGAUCUCGACAACUACGAACUCCAUCUUCCUGACGAAAGUCUUGGAUACGUGUCUUUGCCGGAUAUUCCUCCACUCUACGUUGGCCUUACUUCGUGCUUCUGGUUGAACACGGUGCAUAGUGGUUUUGUUAUUGAGUACAAAGUUGCAUCAGAACAAAACGAAUCAACUGUUCUUGGAUUCUACUAUGACAAAAGCACCUUUAGAAUUCAUCUUUACAAGAUAAUAAGGUAAAUCGAUGCUUAUGGUUAAUUAAAGUUAAUUCAGGCAAAAUCGAAAGGCAAAGGUCUGGAGAAACGGGGUAAGCUGCUCAUAUGUUUUUCCCUACUUCUCUUUGUUCUGUUGUUACUUUCUGUGCCAUGCAAGGCGGCAAGAUCAUUAUACAGAAGGAUUGUCUUUCAUUAUAACAGAAGCUUCCGGUUUCAAUUCUUUUCCAUGAACUCAUUAGCACUGCAAAAAAUUGAAAGCUAUUAGGUGGCCAGCAAUAUAAUUUUUAAGUAUUUCUGUCGAGUUGAAAGGACUUUCCGAGUCUGUUGUCACUAAAAUUAGAAAUCCUUACUUAAAAAAAAAACCUUUAAGAAAUUAUUCUACAAGACCUACAUUAAAAUUUAUAAUCAAUAAACUGUACAAUGUUUGAUAUUGCCCCGUGCACAGAGAAAUCGAACUGGAUGUGGCUGAUGGAUCGUGGCACCACUUGUGUGUGACAUGGGAACGAAAAAAUAGGCUGCUAAGUGUUUAUAAGAAUGGUCAAAGAAAAUACCUUUCCAACGAAUAUAGAGCAGGCGCACGGAACCGGGGGAUUGAAGGUAAUCUGCUAUUACUUGACUGGUAUACUAUUUAUUCAUUAUACAGUAGAACCGCUACCAACACCCAGCUCUCCUCAAUGGUCACUUUUCGGUGUCCCAGAGGAUACGUUCAAUCUUGUUCUCUUGUUUUAAACUCUAUAUGACGUACCUCUCACAUCUUUUAAGAUUUAACUCUAUUAGAAACUUACAGCUUCUAAGCUUGGGAUUUCCUUGAGUUAAAUUUUUCGGGGUCUUCUUGCCACCCCCGAUAACUUUAAUGUUAUUUUACUCCACCCUAAUGUUUGCUUUAUAUCAAUGGUCAAUAGUAUUUACUUUGUUAAUCUUUUCUAGGCGGAGGAACCAUGACAAUCAGUUUUAGAUCGCCCUACCAAAACAUAUCAGCCGUGCUGGGCAAACUGAGCGGAUUCAAUCUAUGGAGCUAUCAGAUCAAAGCAGAAGAAAUACUGCGCAUGUCACAAGGGUGUGGCAACGAGGCAGGAGAUGUGAAGGCAUGGGAAACAGUCAGCAAAGGAUUGAGAAAAGAAGUGGGAGUAAAGCGACAUAGAUCAUGCAGAGAUAGAAAAGGUAAGUUUUAUCUCACAAGUUUAAUACCACCUGACAGGCAGCAAGAUAAGCUACAACCAGUUGCAAAAGUACUUGAGACACAGUACCGUAUUUUGGCAUAAAUGGCCUGUCCAUGAUCUUGUGCUUGUGAUACCCCAGUAGUGGAUAAGGCACCGAAUUAACCUUUUCUUUACGGGGGAAUUCCAUUAACUUUCGGGGGAAUAACGCCGGUGACGUCAUACAUAUCAUUAAGAUAGGAUAAUGUCAUAGUUUAAAUUAAUGCCGAUGACGUCAUGCAUGCUAUUAAGAUAGGAUGAUGUCAUAGUUUAUUUUUAGCUGGCUGACGUCAUGCAUGUCAUAUAGAUAGGAUGAUAUCAUAGUUUAUUUGUAGCUGACAAGGAGCAAGUGACGUCAGAAUUUCCUAGAGUUGACGUCAUCAAAAAAUGUUGAGAUCAUAAUCUAUAAACAGAAAAGUAUAUCGGGCAAAUUUUGAACGUGUUAUCCUUGCAGAUUAUACUAAAUGAAAAAUCUUUAAUCAUUAAAUUUUUUUCACUAAAAAUCGGUUAUAAACAAAACUAAGACACGGAGGUUAACUGAAAAAUCUUUACUUCAAAAGAAGGGAAAAGGAGGUUAAGCGAAUGCGAAAUCGUACUAAUUUUUCAGGCAAAACUUGAAAAUGAGGUCGAGGCUCAGCGAAGCGAAAAACUGCCUAUCAAGCAAAAAUGUCAAUCUUUGUUUACUUGACUCUCUAGAAAGUGUUGCACAGGGUAUGAAAAUUCUAUAGAAAACAACAGGUGGUUCUAAAGUAAACCCUAACUCUUUUGGUUCUUAAAUAAACCCCAUUCUUGUUCCUAACGAGUGGAAAGUCAAUUUAUAGAAAUAGGAAUGAGAGGUGCGAUCGCCUAGCAACACAUGUCUUCUUGUUUAGCGCUAAAAAUCGGAUAUAUAAGCAAAACACACACACAUACACAGAGUGGAGCUGAAAACUCUCUAUUUCAAUUUUGACUCACCAUUACGAAAGCGUUUUCUCCGUUCUAUCUCGAGGAAACGACUAACUUUUUUGAAAUCUCAGCGCUUGAUGAGCUUAUGGUCGCCGUUAGUCAGUUAAUUAUGCGGGUUAACAAGCCCAAAACUUGAAUACAAAUUAGUUCAUCUCUACAGCUAGACCCAAGGGAGCACCUUGACUAAUUAUUGUAAAAACACAAACAAUUAAUAACUUAACAAGGAUCAAUUUAAACACGCGACAAAUAAAUUGACAAGACACGAGAUACAGUGUUAAAAACUUUAUUAAAAACCAGUGACAAAAAGAGUCGAAUACACAGCGAUUUGAAAGAGAUGGAAAUUAAUCAUCUUCUUCGCCCAUGGAGUACUUGUAAGGUUUGAAUUUCUUAUGCCGACGUUUCUUCAGCUGUUUGCCAUGAGAUUUAUGAUCAUCCAAAUAUUUUAGAAAUUGAAUCCGACGCCUCUUGCGCUUCGGGCCUUGUGGUGAUGGGGUUGCUACUGUGGGAGGAGAGGUCAGGAAAGCAGGAUUUAAGGGUGGUGGAGGGGUGAGGCUUUCUUUGUCAGGUUUUUGAGAGAUAGCCGCUUGUUUUAAUUCAGGUGUUACAUUAAAGGGGUUGAGGGGAGUCGAUAAUGCUGUCGUUGCUGUCGAAGAAUCUUGUGUCGUUGAUGUUAAGUCUGGAACAGUGUUGAUUAUUUCUUCGGGUCGUGUUCUUGUAUUUAAUUGUUCUUUAAAAGCCAGGUAUCUGUUUUGCAACUGAAGGUAUCGUUUAGCUUUUUCAGCGUCCCGAAGAUCGUUUCGAGGAAGCACAUCAUCCAUGUUGUCUUGUAUUUCUUGCAUAGCUGGAAGAAGUGGGACAGGCGAAAGAGUUUGCUGCUUCCGAUAUUUUAGAAGCUCUUGAAGAAUAUUUUCUUGAAACCCUGCUUGGCUAAAGCCUUCUUCACUGGGCAGGACGUUUGUUCGCAACCGACAAUUAUCUUGGGUAGUAGUUUUCAGAUCAAUCAGAAAAUGACCAAAAGGUCUUUUUACAGCCUCUUCGUACUGAUUUAAAAAGAAAUCCGUCUGCCCGGGAUACAUUUGCUUCGCCAGAGUCAAGAUUUGCAAUUUGUCUCGUGGAUUCUUGAAUAACAUCAGAUAAUGGCUGUUUAGGCUUAUGCUGCGGCUACCUUUCCCUUGAUGAAAUAGAUUCUGCACGAUAUAAAUCACGCUCAGAUUGCGAUGAUGAGAACCACGAGUAAAGAGGUUCACAAUUCGCUUGUCUUUACUAGCGUCAAUCAACUGAGCAUCAAACACAAUCAAAUUCCGUUUGUUCGCAUCAAAAUAGGAAUCCUGCUCCAAAGCCGUAGGAAUUCCCUUGACGAAUUCAAUGUUUGGCAUGGCGACUAACAUUUGUGUAUACGCUGACAUUUCUGUGAAAAUAUUGGAACUGUUUGAAAUGGGGUGAGACCAGCAUUGUGGUGUUUAGACAUCACGUGCCUUUGCAUAUUAUCUUUUCUACUAAAGGACUUUUCGCAGACAGAACAGAGCCAACUCAUGUUAACUCCUCAGGAGCAAAAUGUACACUGAGAAAGAGGUAGAAUGUUGCGCAUUUAUAUAGGUUUUCAGGCCUUAAAAUUCUAUUUUUUCCACCCCCAAAACCACCACUACCACCACCACCACAUUUCUAGCUCUGUUUUUCAAUCCCAUAAAUACAAUUUACCAAUUAAUAUCAGAUAAUUUAACAAGGGGCAUUUUGAUAUCGUUAUUCCAAUUAUAACCUCUCGUAACACAACCCGCGAAAUUCCUUUGUUAUUGUUAAAUAAUACUGUUCAACAUUUUUCCACAACAUAUUUGAGUGCUGACAGUAAAAGAGAAAGUGACAUAAUGUUUCCUGUUCAGUCUUGGAAAGAGUACAUUUGUCAUGCUGGAGAUAUCCAAUUUUAAAAAGUUUUGCAUUAGUGUAAAGUAUUGAAUUUAAAACUUUAUAUUGAAAGGAUUUGACGUAAGGCUCCUGUGCUGUCAGAUGGGGAAGGUUGUAAGCAAUUUUUAAGUCUUCGUCAGAUAAGCCAAAAUCAUGUUUUAAACUCUUUGCAUUACUAGGUAAUUGUGCUUUAUUUGAUAAUAUUAAAGAGUAGUAGUCUUUCGUUUUCUUUUCCGCUAUGUCAAAAAUCUCAUUCCCCUUUGUAAAAUAAGUAUUUUCUGUAAAGGUAGUGUACUCUAUUGUUUUCAGAAUAGAAGGAAUUGCGUGCCUGAGACCUGUCCAUGUAAGAAAAUUAGCUUUCUCAACUAUGUUAUUGAUUGCAUUAAAGGAUUCUAUAUUGUCGAGAUUAAACAAGAUAUCUUUAAUAAUACAUAUCCCCGAGUCAUGAUAAGAUUUAUAAAAGACUGGUAUUCCAUCUAUUCUUAUGUCUUUGUUAUUCCAAAUUAUACAGAGCCGUUCUUUGUUAGCUAAAAAGAGAUUUCGAAAUUCUAACCAACAUUCUAAGAGUUCUCUGUAGAAAACCGAGUUGAUUGAAAGAUCGUUCAUUGCAUAGUUGCAUUUAAAAAGUAAAAGACCACCAACAUUACGUAGGAGAUGAAACAGGUAGAAUUUCCACGUACUUUCGUUAUCGCUGAAAACACGUUUUAGCCAAGCUAGUCGUACAGCUUUCAAUAUCUGUCAUUUUUAUGCCACCGUCUUCAUAACUGUUUAUUGAAGAGAGCCUCGUUACUUUAUCCUUUCCAUUCCAUAAAAAGGAGAAAAAUAUACUAUUCACUUGUUUGAUGAUUUUACUUGGAGGUGAAAGAACCGACGAUACAAAAACUAGUUUUGGAAUAAGUAAUGAUUUGAUUAUACUUUACCAUAAAUGGACAGUCCUCUAGAUGACCAUAUAUUUGUCAGCUUCUUUAUGCUGUCAACCUUCUCUUGAAAGUUUUUUUCGUAAAGUAAUGAUUGGUCAUAUGUAAAAAAGGUUCCUAAAGCUUUUAUGGGUUCACUGGGCCAUUUAAUUCCAAACGGUUUAUCAUCUUUUCCUUUAAGCGAACCAAUCCACAUUCCUUCUGUUUUAGAGCUAUUUAUCUCCAACCCACUGAAGUUCUUAAAUACUUCUAGUUCUUGAAAUAACGUUUUUGCAGAAUUUUCAUCAGACAGGAUUGCUGUGGUAUCGUCUGCGUAUUGCAAUAGCUUGGCUUCGUGAUUUUCUAUUUUAAUUCCUUUGAUAUCAACAUUUUGACGAAUGGAGAUUGCCAAGCUUUCAACAGCUAAGAUAAAGAGGUAAGGGGACAAAGGAUCACCCUGCCUCACACCACGUUCUAAGGUAAAAUAGUCUGAUGCCAUUCCAUUAUUUAUUACACAGCUUUGAAUAUUUGUAUAAAACAUUUUGACCCAAUUUAUAAAAUUGGGGCCAAAAUUAAAAGCCUCAAGGCAACUGAAAAAACUGCCAUUCUAAAGAGUCGAAAGCCUUUUUAAAGUCAAUGAAAAUCAAGAUACCUGGAAUAUUCUUACUGUCUGUAAAUUCCAUUAUAUCGAAAAUUGAUCGGAUAGUCUCACCAAUAUAGCGAUCUUCAACAUAGCCUGUUUGAUUGUGAUGUAUGAUAUUCGGUAGAACUUUCUUUAAUCUUAAAGCAAUCACUUUUGAGAUGAUUUUUGCAUCCACGUUAAUAAGAAAGAUUGGCCUCCAAUUUUCAAUGAGAGUUCGAUCUUUAUGUUGCUUUUCUAUAAGAGUUAUGAUUGCUUUUCUUUGAGAGGUUGACAUUUCACCGUGGUUGAAACACUCUCUCACACACUCCAUAAAUGGAUCACUAAUUAAUUCCCAGCAACUCCUCCUCCACCUUCUCAUUUCUAUUGUUUUUCCUCCUCCUCCUCCUCAUUUCUAUUGUUUUUCCUCCUCCUCCUCUUCAUUUUAUUGUUUUCUAUCCUUCGCGCACUCGUUUCAUUUUUUUUCUCCCCGAGAUUCUAUAAAAGACUGCCAACUGCCAUCUUUAGUGCACUUUGAAGCAAUGUCUCAAGUUGUCCAGAACAAUCGUGCUUUUCUUCAAUUCUUAGCCGUUUGUCCAGCUCAUCAGCGACAGUUUCCUUUACGGACAGCCAGUCCACAACAACUACAUGCAAUAGUCCAAGUCUUAUACAAUAUACUUAAGGAAUACAUUCUUAUCCCCGAAGAAAAUAAGCGGAACGUGUUGCCAUAUAAGGUUGCUCUAGUAAACCUAGCAGAAACAAAUGUCCCUUACAAAACAAAGAAGCGAAUCCUUGUACAAGAGGGCGAUGGUUUUAUUCAAGACCUAUUGGUACCUGCUGUUACUAGACUAGGAUUUUUGAUGCUAUAAAAGAGGAAACGAAACUAUAAGUUACUCAUUUGAAGCUACGGUCUGUCACGGGUACUCAUCAAAAUGAAGAGAAAGAUAGAUUUGGUUGAAGAAGAACACGAGAGUGAACAUGAAGAAAGCGAAAGUUCUGGUGAUGAAAGCGGGGAUGAAGAACCAAGAAUAAAAGAUGUUUUGAGUCGUCUUUUCUGGACUCCCAGCGGACAAUUACUUCGAAAUAAACGCACUAUUCCCGUCACAAACAUCGCCGAGCUAGUUGAGUAUGUGUUACUCCCUCAUAACAAUGAGGUUACCAAGCCUCGUGCGCUGAAUACGUUUCUAGAUGGACUUGUAGAGUUAGGAAUCGAUAAAGGUUUAAUCAAGAACAAAAAGUUGUUAAGUGAUUUAAUAGAAAAGGAAAAAGGCUACCAAAAUGUAGAAAAUACUUCCGAUAAUGAGAGUAAUAGUGAGGAGAGUUCAUCGGAUAUUGAAAAUCAGGAGAAGGAGGAGGAGGAAGUGGCUUCUGAGAAUGGCGUUGAAACUGAAGGCACCCAAGAGAGCGACAACGACACUGAAAAUGAUAGUGAGGAAACAGAAAGUAGUAGCCCUGAAACGUCCACCACCUUUCACUCUAAAAGUCCCUGUGAACAUUGCGAAAACUCUAAUGUGUACUCCACAUUGAUCAUGAAAUGUCCUAAAUGCGUUUAGCACGAUAACUACAAGAUUUGUCCUAUAUGCGAUCACCAGAUCCCCGAGGAGACAAAAUACAUCAAAGAGGGCUUUCUUCGAUGUCACGACUGUGGAUUAAUUACACACAAAAACGCCAAGACGUUGGAAACCAAUUUUUAUUCACCUUCUAAAGAGGAGAACGAAGAGGAGGUCUAAUUUCCAUCCCUUCGAAAUCGCUGUGUAUUCGACUCUUUUUGUCACUGGUUUUCAAUAAAGUAUUUAAAACUGUAUCUCGUGUUUUGUCAAUUUAUUUCUCGCGUGUUUAAAUUGAUCCUUGUUAAGUUAUUAAUUGUUUGUAUUUUUACAAUAAUAAGUUAACGCGCUCCCUUGGGUCUAGCUGUAGAGAUGAACUAAUUUGUAUUCAAGUUUGGGCUUGUUAACCCGCAUAAUUAACUGACUAACGGCGCUUGAAUUGACAAGACCAUAUCCCUAGGGUAUUCUGUCGUCACUUGCUCCUAGCCAGCUGAAAAUAGACUAUGACAUCAUCCUAUCUUAAUGAUAUGUAUGACGUCACCGGCGUUAAUGUAUUCCGCCGAAAGUUAAUGGAAUUCCCCCGCAAAGAAAAGGUUAAUUCGGUGCCUUAUCCACUACUUACCCCCUCCGCCCCUAAUCAAAGUUGCAAGCAAUAGAAGACUAUUCUCAAAACUUGGACGAACAACUUUGAAUGGGAGUGAGGAGGGAGGUCAGUAUUAUAUCUCACAGACCUGUGACCAGGAACGAUUUACAGCAAGAAAGGUCGUUUUUUCGUGGGAGUGUUUCAACAUUUUGCAACUGGUUGUAUGAUCAGGAAAAAGAAAGUUCGCACUUACUGGAGUUUUUAAGCGCGUCGUAUGUAAGCUUUGAACAAAGAACGUGGGACUCGGUGACACAAUACAUGUGUGCCUCCACUGAUGUUAGAGAAGUGCUUUCCGAUAACAACUCACAUGGGAUGGCUAAGUUUGUUCACUAAUCCCAAUUCUCCUUGAUACGACUUCUCCAUUUACGAUUGUGAUGGUGAAACAACCGCAAACGUUAGCUAUUUCAGGCAGGCGCAGAAACAACUUCAUUACAAGUUUAGUGUCUUUUGUCAGUAGGUUCCUGCUUUUGUUCAAUUUAGUAUAUAACUAUUUUGAGAGAAGCAGGUUAGUUUGAAUUGACCUCAACUCAAGUUAAACGAGCGACUUAAUGAGAAAAAUAGGUGUCUAGAGUAAUCGGUCCCUGGUGCCUCUUACUAUUCGUUAACGGACCUAUGUCGCCAUUGUUUUUCCUCAUGUUCAACAGCUGAUCGAAUUGUGUUAGACAGCAACACUACACUCCUUAACCAAACAGCUAUCCUUGUGAGCCAGAAGUACAACAGGUCGCGUGAUUGGCAUACAAAGUGCUUAAAAUUUCGUUACAUGCUGAGAGGGCCUGGAAGGAAGAGUUUAACAAUUUACCAACAGACUAGUAACUAUCGAGGAGUCCCCAUUUGGAUUUGGAAAACUAGGACUGGAAACAACUGGGUAUACGGCCAAGUCCCUUUAAGCGCUGUAUCAACGUUUCAGGUAAAAAAGUGAGAGAUAUAAUCCCCAAUACUCAAUUACGCAUUGCUACUUCGCAUAAGUUGAUGUCCCGCCCGCCAGACUCUAGAGUAGCUUAUUGAGACUGGACACUAACGAGCGAAAUCGUUGGUGUAGUUUAUAGUAAAUUUCUUUUUGACCAUAAAUUGUAAAUACCUUAUUAUCCAGUUCCCUCAUGAGCUUUUCAGGGACGCUGAUUUUGGGACUUCUGCCAGAUUGCUUGUGUCGCAGUUUACAAUUAAUAAAAAUAUGACUUAUUAAUGCUCCCUACCACAACAGGGACUACGUACCCUACACUCUUAAAAAAAAUGACUGUGGGCAGUGGUUUGAACCAGUGGCCUCUUGCUAAGAAAAUCUGCGCUUAUUCAACUGAGUUACUUAACCUAGUGGCGGUGGCUUUUAUACGUCAUGAGGAAAAAUUUGAAAAAAAAAGAGGCACUGGGCAAUUACUCUAACCAAUGCAGUCUCAGAAACAUUUGAAUUCCCUGCUUCGGAUUGGCUAGAAGUAAAGAGAAUUGGACUUUAACAAAAUUGGGUGGCGGUGUUGGGUAACCAGUGGAUAUGACUACGCACUGUUUAAUAACCAAACUUGUGUAAUUGGUGAGAGAAAGUGCUACCUGUACUAAAGCAAUGUUUUUAAUAGGUCUUUAUAAAAGGUAAAGUUGCGAAGAAGGAAGCCUUCGUGGCAUUGUCAGGACUGUACGUUGAGGAGGACCCGAGCAUCCAUUGCCAACACCUACCGCAGUCAUCAAAACAAGGUAUACUGUCAUACGUCACAUAUUAAAGAAAACAGUUUUUUACCCUACAACAUCAUAAAUCAGGGGGAUAGAAGUAUCACUUAGCGUGACAUUCUGAACAAGGAGAGGACCUUAUCAGCUUUCGCUGAGACAGCUGUUCUAAUACGGAAGCAAAGUUACGGUGGAAAAAGUCCAAAUAGCGUAUAGUUUUUGGCGUUUCAGGCUAAUUCGACAUCCUUUUAAUUCUAAGUCUUUACAUAUUUUUAUGCUCGCUGUGCGUCUGUCGUUUCCGCAUUUUCAGAUGUACAUUUAACUUUUUACUUAUAAACAUGGUAAGUUAACCCUCUGAGGGGUUAGGGCAAGUCUCUGUUGCUACUAUAAAUAGUAAGACUGUAACCUAGUUACUACAAAGUGCCACAUUGACGGAAAGCACCAAAACAGCCCCUUUACCAUAACCACAACCAACAGCUCUGUUUUGGUGAGCAAUGCAAGACCUGCCAGACGUCGGAUGAGGUUCUCUUGUGCCAGCGGUUGGCAUGUAAUCUUAGGUAGUAGUGGCGACACAACUAACGCAUACCCCUGGCUACCAAAAGGAUGUGUAAUUAAGCAAGGAAACUUCUGCCAUAACCUAAGGCCUUGCAAGGCAUUUUUCGUCACGAGUAAAAGCAUUUUUAAAUAUUAAAAAAUCAGUUUCGUUUCUUUUGCAGCCUGCAGCGAAACCCUAUUCAAUACCUCAGGAAAUUUCUUCUCCCCGUUCUUUCCUGGAUUUUACUUUGAUGACAGCUACUGCACUUGGCACAUAACUGUUCCAGAACAAAACACAAUUCGCCUGACCUUUCAUGAAUUUCGUCUCAAUGAUCAUCCUACGUGUGAGGACUGCUUUGUUGAGAUUUUUGACGGAAGUGGCAACACUGCAGCCUCUAUUGGCAGGUUCUGCGGUUAUAGCUAUCCUCCGAUACUUUCCUCGUCGUCCAAUCACUUCUCUGUUGUUCUUCGGUGUCAAGGGAAACCCUUCAUAGCAAGAUUCAAGGCCUCUUAUUUCUCAGUUGCUGGUACGUUUCAGUUUGAUUAAUUGCUUUGUAACCACAACUUUUGCGGCACUACUUGUUAUUUACUUCUCAUGAAAUAUAAGUUUGAAUUAGCUAUGACAUUAUAAGGCGAAUAUAAAAACCAGUCACAAUUAUGACUUUAGCGUUAAUAAAUCUCUGUAAGUGUCCGUGUGAUUUGAAAAGAGACUUUCUAAAGUAAUCCUAUGAUUUUUUUGUGGUCUUCGCAGAUUGGCCUGGUAACACUGUGUAAAGAAAACAACACAGACUAAGAAUACUCUUUCUUCUUCUUAAGUUCGUUUGAAUGGCCAUCGUCCAUAGUAGUAAAGGACGAUAAUGAUGUCAAGUAGAGUCGAAGUUCUAAUAAAGAUUUACCUGCUUUGAUUUUUGUCUCAGCUUAUGACGAUAAUGGACUUUCGUAUUUACGUCAGCAAGGUAAAUUCAUCAUCAUUAUCAUUCCUUGACUGUCGUUGGGAUCGAUACCACUGUCUUGUACUUAAUGCUAAUCCAGAAAGGGGCUAUCGUAUUUUGCAAUAGCCUGCAAUGAUUUCUGUAUUUCCUUAUUUCCUUAAUUCUAGUAAUAAAUUAUAAACUGUCAUAGUGUCAUUCAUAUUUUUCGAAAAAAAUAACUUCGAAUGCAGUUUUAAGGCAGGCGAGGAUAUACCUCUUAUGUUUGCAAAGCAAUAUUUCACUGCGAAACAGUAUUUCAUCGCAUAUCGACUCUGACAGGAAUGAUAUUGUAAUAAAGCACAAACCUGAAGUCUUAAAUUACUUUAAAAGGCGACAUUAGUGGUAUUAUCCUUUUUUGUACAGGAAUCUUAUCAACGUGCGGGGAUAUACAUUAGUAGCAUCAUUUUUCGCGGGGAAAUACAUUAACGCCGAUGACGUCAUAGCCUCUUCUCUCUAUCUCAUGAAAGUAAUGCGGGGGAAUCGUCUUACGAUAUGGUCAUGUGCUAUUUUGAAGUGGCUUAACUUGUUUGACAAGUUUAAGAUGGGCGACGUCAUAGUCUCUUGUCUUAUAUCGCUCUUUUACUACGCCAAUAGAAACAAUAGACCCACCUAAGUAAUAAGAGCUAACUCGCCCGACUCAAAACCACUGAGUCUUGACGUAAUCAAGCAAUUUCAAUUUCCUGCCCAUUUCAUUGUCCAAAAAAUUGUUCCACUUCCGGAUCAGUGAUUCUCAGGUGCCCGUAUUUAUGAGUUUGAGAAUUUGUGGGUGUUCGUGUUUUCAGGGUGCCCAUCGAGUUGCAAAUGUGACGUUUUUGGUGAAGGUCAAAGUAGAGGCAAGAGAAUAAUAGUGACAGGAGAAGAUUUGCUGACUGUGCCGACUGAUCUUCCCUCCAGUACUGGAGCUGUGUAAGUUUACAACAAUUGAGAAUAAAGACUGUAAAGGACAGUGUCUGAUAUCGAGCAUUUAAGUAACGGCCAAGUAGAAACCUAUGACUUAAAUGAUAAUUUUACUAUAUUUUGGCGUUCUGCAAUGAGAGAAUGCGCACCAGUCUCACCUUCCCUGCAUAUUUUAAGGCAGCGCAAAUCAAGACAUUUGUUGAAUCGCUUUCUUUUCAACUCUUGCUAUUUGGAAGGAUUCAGUUUUUUCACGAGUAACUGAAACUUGUAAUACUGACUGACACAGCCUUCAAAAAGGCUAUCGUCGGUUAAAAGCACCUACCUAGUUUUUCUAAGCCCUAUUUUGGGCAAAAGCUUGUUUGUUUUCGUCUAACGAAAGUCAAGCUCUGUUUUUAAUGGUCGCCAUGGUACUAAAAUAGAGCCAAAAGGCCACGUACAUUUGAGGAAAAGACGUGACAAGACGAGCGACAGUGAGAUUAAAAUAUUUCUUUUGCACGUAUUUUCUAUCUUCCAAUUUAUUGAAGUACGUAUUAUUGAAAAAGGAUGAACAGCUUCCUUCCUUUCCUAUCAAUGCCGUAUAUCAUCCUCGAAUAUUAAUCUUAACAUUUGCGCUGCAGAUUUUUCCAGAAGAACCGAAUAUCUCAAUUAAGAGAAAAAGAUUUUACAAAUCUCCAUCAUCUAGAAUACAUGUAAGUAUGAAAAGUAUCUUUUAAAAUGUAUCUGUUUUUGCAAUGAUAUGUGCGUGCUUUUAGAAACCAAACAUUAUUAUAACUGUACUUUUUCUAAUCUCGGUUUAAGCGACCUGAGCCACAACAUUCUUCUUCGCCUUGAUGGGGACUCGUUCCAAAACGUCACCUCAAUCAAAACACUGUAAGAAUUGAAUUUCGAAUAUGGCAUUUUCUCACUUGCAAAAACUGGUCAUAAUUUAUAACUACAGCCUGGAUGGGCAAAAUCGUUAAAGAAUUCAAAAAAACUCGUAUUUAGAUGAACAGGAACAACGUCAGCCUGACGUCAAUGGGUCAUUUCAAGAGUUUAGAGGUUCUUAGAGUGAAAAAAAAAACAUGUACAAAACAAGGAAAGUACUGCGAUCUAUAUAAUACACCUUUUUGCCUUAAACUACAAGUCCAAAGACUACUGCAAAGCUGAUUCAGAACAACGUGUAUUGUUUUUUAAACAUAACAAUAUUUCGGCUGGCCAUACCAGCCUUCUUCAGGGUUACAGAUGUUACUGAACUUAUGUAGGAAUCACAAUAUUAUAUAGAUGGAGAAUGUCGCAAUAAAAAUUGUUUGAAAGGGAGAGGCGGAAAUGACGUACAGCACAAAAACUGGAAAGGAAAAAUACUAAGGAUAUGGAUUACAAUAAUUCGUGACGGCGGUUUAGGCCAUGAGGUUCAAGAGUCAUAGACUUAUCUGUCGAAUGCAACUCCGUGGCCUUACGAAGUGAGUCACGUGAAGAAUGUAUGAUCUGUUUUCCCAAGUCAGACCACGUGAUGUUCUCCAGGGAAUUUGCCUUUUGUCUUUUCAUUAAUUAUGCAUACAUAGGCACGUGAAUGCGCGUGUAUUAGAUGACAUUUGAAAAAAAAAACAGUUCUCUGGGGUACAAGCUAAAAACGUCUAUUCGUAUAAGUAACAGGAUAAUCAUCUGUAUUGGGCUUAACGAAUUUAUCGUUUGAUCAUGUAUCAUGUCCUACACUAACACGUUGCGGUGUCGAAAUUAAAACACUUUGUGGUGCUAGGCAUAAGCUCAACAUAUAUCUCAAAAUGUCAUUACAUCACUUUUUUCAGAAGACUGAAUUCCAACUUUUUACGAUCUCUUCCUGCCAAAGGAUUCGCUAGAAUUCCUAGUAUACGCGUUCUGUAAGUAUAGAACGAGUUUUGUCAGUCUUAUCUUUCGUUUGUUCUUACCUUGCUGCGGUUACAGAUCAGUGACGUGAACAACAACGGUAUUGAAAAAGGCCGGUCAACACUGGUUGAAGAACAAAAUAGGACAGGAUGACAGGAUAUCUAAAAGUCUAUUAUUACUACUCUAAGAUCGCGCUCAGUUUGCUUUACCUUGUCGAAUACUAUAAAGGGCUGAUGAGGGUGUUUUUUCUGGCAUGAGUAUGAUAAUCACAUCCGUCUCAAAAUAAUAUUUUUAUCCCUUUUUUUAGUGACUUAGGAAAGAAUCUCCUUCACAAAACAAUGAAAGAAACAUUUUAUGGUUUGUCAAGCUUAGAAAUUCUGUAAGUAAAAAUAUAAUUGAGUAAUGAUCAUUUCUUAAUCAUAGGCUUGAUUCUACCAACUUUGUUCGUAUUGUAGAAGCUUGCGUGCGAACCAAAUAGAGAAGAUGGAAUAUGGUGUAUUUACCAACAAGAGUAGCUUGACACAUUUGUAAGUAUAUCAACAAAUAUUGAUUUUCAACUCCUGGGUACAGCUCCCAAUAUUUAAGCUAUAUCAGUAUGUGCUGCGGGAUGAGGCAUACAGUUUUCGAGGAGCUCAGCCCUUAUUUCGGGUUCCUUGGUGGUAUUGCGCUCCUUUAAUGGUUAUUUGAUUAUUGACAUUUAUCUCGUGCAACUAGGUAUCUUCAGGAAAACAAGAUAACAACAUUGCCUCACGGACUAUUUGAGUCCCUUUCUAAGCUCAAGUUGUUGUGAGUAUAUGAAUUUGCAUAUAGUGUAUAACUGUGUUAUGUCAAGAACUUGAUGACUCUUCCCUAGCGAAACAGUAGGUUUUGUUUCCAGAGAAUCUCUAUGUUACCUGCGACUAGCUAAGCUGUUAGAUAAUGGCAUUAAAGUGACGAGAUGAAAAUACUUUUGCCUAAUAGGUAUAGCGAUGCUGAAUCUAUUAUUUAAAUGUGCAAUGCUUAAAACUGAGAGUUUUCUAACUGCAAAGAAAGCACCACCUGCAUCUUAACGAAGUUCUUCACAUGAAAAACAUCGAUCUGGAAACAGGGCUACCUUACCUCCAAAUUAUGUAAUCAAUUCAUUGUUUACUUAUUUGACUUUUUACUAGGGAUCUUACUAACAACCAGCUGACUACAGUCUCAAGGAAAACCUUCCGCGGAUUAAUAUCGUUGGAAUACCUGUAAGUAUAGCAGAGGUUUUACUUAUUGCCGAAAGACAUUUCCGACAUUCGCUUUGGCUUUGCAUUCCAAUGUCUUCGAAAAACCUGCGCCUCUAAUUUUAGUAAAUUGGUGUAAAAUUAUCUGAAUACAGUUACUGAACAAAAGUAGUAUCUUGCCGUCGUUAUCACUGUAGACACGUAACAUUUAUGUGGCAUAUUUAAUACUGUUUUUGUGUUGAAUUGACCGUUCUGAACACGCUUUUUUGUAAAAUUCCGAUGUUUCCUUUGCAGUUACCUGGACAAAAAUAAACUGACAAAAGUAUCACCUGAGGCGUUUAGUGAACUACGUAACAUAAAAUAUUUGUAAGUAAUUUAAGUAGUUAUCCAAUCCUUACUUUUUGUUGAACGCGUUCAUCAAGAUACCCAGGAAGACUUGAUUUACCUUUUCACGCAGGAAACUGGACCGUUUUAUCCUUUGCUGCUAUGCUAAAAAAUCCAUCAGUGGAGUGGAAUGCGACUCCCCAGUGGAUGAAGUUUCCAGCUGCGAUGACCUCAUGAAGAACUACACGCUUCAGAUUUGUAUCUGGAUUCUCGGUAUUCUGGCCUUUGUCGGCAACCUUCUUGUGAUAAUAUGGCGUGCCAUUGAUAAAGAGGAAAACAGAACACAUUCCUUCUUGCUGACAAAUCUAGCAUUCGCGGAUCUUUUUAUGGGUGUAUAUCUGUUGACAAUAGCCGUGAUGGACUUAAGGUGGCGGGGAGAGUAUUUCAAGCAUGAUGUCAAAUGGAGAUCUGGAUUAGGUUGCCAAUUCACUGGAGCUCUUUCCAUGCUUUCAAGCGAAGUGUCCGUUCUAAUGCUAACCAUCAUUACUCUUGACAGACUCGUUUGCAUCGUCUUCCCUUUUAAAUUCAAGCGUCUCACUUAUAAGACAGCUGUUUUAACUUGCAUUGGCAUCUGGGUGUUCGGUGUCGUUAUCUCGCUGAUUCCAAUCAGCGGUAUAAACUACUUCAUCGACGAGAACGGAAACUUCGGUUUCUAUAGCCGAUCAGCCGUUUGCCUUCCAUUGCAGCUAUCCACAGCAAGACCAGCUGGCUGGGAAUACUCAGUUGUUUUCUUCAUUGGUUUAAACUCUAUAUCUUUCAUUUUCAUCCUGAUUGCAUACAUCUCAAUGUUCUGGACCGUUAAACGCUCUUCUCGUGCAGUGCGAUCCUCGAAUCUGAAGAGGGAAUCAGCCAUGGCCAAGCGACUCGUCUUCAUAAUAAUGACCGACUUCUGUUGUUGGAUGCCAAUUAUUAUUAUCAAUAUCCUAUCUCUAACUGGGAACUUUUAUGAUCCCAAUAAGAUUGCUUAUGUGUGGAUUGCCGUGUUUGUGCUUCCACUCAACUCUUCUCUUAAUCCAAUCCUGUACACAUUUUCCACCGAAAGGGCAAAGAGGAGCCUUAACCAACGGCGAAAAAACGUGACUAAUUUGGUUCUUAAAUCAGUGCAAAACAGGCGUUUACAAGGUAUGUGGAACACGGUUUAGCUUAUGAAUUUAAACUUUGAAGUGCCGUCUCUUCGGUGCAAAGUUUCUAAGAGGUACUAAGUCCGACUCGUACGCAUUGGCUAUUUAAGUGUUUUGGGGUGAGAGAAGAUUGGGGUUAGGUUGAGGUGCGCGGAGACUCAUUGGACCCCGUGGGCCUCAACCUAACAACAACCUUCUCUUACCCCCACUCCCCACCCCCACGCUUAAACAGCCACUGGCUACGAGCUACGAGCCACGAGUCUGGUACUAAGUUGUACUCACUGUUUUGAACAGCAACCGUUUUCCCAUCUCUCCUUUCGUCCCUUUUUAUCCGUGUCAGGCCAAAGAGAUUCCUGCAAAGCCGGAAGCUACCUACGUAACGUGUUUUUGAUGAGAUUGUAAUUGGGGCUGCUAGAGGCAAUGGGUGUGUAGCGGCACCGAUGCAAUGACUCCUACGUAAGAAAAAACCUUUGUCGGCGAUUUAUACCGCAGAGAACGGUGAAAUAGAUAGGAAGUACGUUCAUGAUAAUAUUGGACGAAUUAAAUACAAAUGUUCGUGUUAGUAAUAUCCAACUAUGCUUAAGGGUUUAGCCUUGUUACCAGAGUAGUUCCGGCAACAAAUUUUCAUAUUGUGAAAGGUUUUUCGUACAAUUUUGUUUUUAGGCAGGAAACAAACAACUGAUUGGUUGAAAACAUAUGAUGAUCUCACUCUAUUCUCACUCUAGUUUCCAACGUCGUCAUUGGUUCCAGUCCCCUUUCGUUACCAAGGGCAACGGAAAUCUCGGAACGAAACUGUAAGCAAGUACACGCAAAAUUGAGGGUGAUUGAAGAAGUUGAUAUCCUGCAAGACGACAGGACGAGAAAAAGCUCAACAGUAAGUUUGUAGAGAAGAAAGUUUCUACGGAUAACGCAUAGUUUUGUCCAAAUUUCCCUUAUACCCGAGUUAAUUUUUUCACCAUGCUGGGACGUAACAAGGUUAUGGCCCGAUAGCCUGCUAAAUAAUGGAGCUUCACUGAUAUUAAAAAUUACUAUGUUUAAGUUUUUUGGUGUUUUGGCCUUUAACCGUAUCUACUUACAUCCGUCCAUUCGUCCGAAUAGCCAUUCACAUCUAAGUUCUCUUCUUCUUCAUCUCUUCAUCAUCUCUUCUCCCUCAUGUUUGGAACUUCCAAUUUUAAUGAAAUACACGUAAAGAGGGUUUUCACUCACGUGGUCAGCAGCUAUACAAAUUAAUUGGAACAAAAGAAAAGUUUUUACGUAAGCAAAAGGUUCAACUCCCAGAGGAUUGGUUUGGAACACCAACAUGGCCGCCGUUUUAUUGUUUUGGAACACCAAUACGGCGGUUAUGUGAAAUGACUCUAUAAAUUAAUCAUUUCGCUGAAAGAUAAUCGUAAGCCUGCAGGAGACUAGUAAUUGAUAACUGAUUGAAAUUCAGAAUGGAACUCAGCUCCAUAAAAAUUUACCCAUAUUUAACCCUGGCUGUCGCCGCCAUUAUUGCUUAAGUUUCCCAUAAAAUUAAAGAAAUAAUACCGUAGUCUUGCUUCCAACGUCUUCUGUUAUUUCAGGGCUUUGCUCUCGCUUGGAGUGAAGAGCACAGUACGUUAAGUAUGGUGUUGUUGAAGUACUUUGCUGAAGAAUCUAAAGAAGACUGGUCUCACGAGGUUGAUAUUGCUAAGAGCCUGUCUUUUUGCGACCAACCGCAUGCCAGUCUACUUCGAUACCGUUGGCACUCCAAAGGUGAAAAAAAAACUGUAGUUUUCUGUUUAUCUGCCAUCGCUCGCAUUUAAUUAUACUUCUGAAUAUGACGUUUCAUGCUUUGUGAAAAGUCCGAGAAACUCCGGCCCCCCGACCCCUGGAACUCAGCGCGGAGUCUAAAAUUGACCUGGUGUUAAAACACUUCUAAUUUCCCCGCUUUUUGGGGCAAGAAGUUAGUUAAAAGUCACGUAUAGCGGGGCAUUAGUAGAUUAGUCAUAGGCUCGGUGAACCGCUCUCUUGGGUGGGGUCUUGUUCCUCUCCGACAAUGGGCUCUUUUCCCGAAAACCGGCUGGUAAUCGAGCUUAUAUCAGUUCAGAACCGGUCACAGCAAAAAUCGAUUCUAAAGUCCAGCAUAUACUUUUUACUAUACUCAACUGCAGGGAAAUUUGACUUCUACUUUCCAAUUCGAUCACAGCGUACGUACAUCAGACGACUCAAGAUCUAUAUCGACUCAAUUCUGUAUUUAUUUCCGUCAAAAGAAACUCUCUACUGCGUUCCUUCAAAUUCAAAAAUAAUAUUACUUUAUGGGUACCAAAGGAUUUUUUUCUACUUUAUCCUUGAAAACGGACCUCUAGAGCCAAAGUAGAAACAUCCAGUUAUCGCUUAACAUCUGUAUGGUAUAUUUGUAUAUACUGCAUUUAUCGUCGCGUUUCCACUUUUCGAACAAGUUCCAUUUGCCAUAUAUAAAAAAAGGGUACAAAUAGUCUCAACUGUUGUGACCAUUUGCCUUGUUUUGCGCCAUAGGCAUAUAAGAACUGUUUAUUUUAGAUGUAGGACUGAAAUCAUGGCUGUGUAUUUUUCUCGUUGAAGUUUUUCUCUCCUCAUUUUACCUUUUCCCCGCGGGCCAGAGAUCCAAAGCGAAACAGAUGUCUUCCUCUUUGCGAUUAUUUCAACUAAGCUUGAAAGAAAUGGGACAGGAAUCGGGAAACUAAGAAAGCGCUUUUGGUAUUAAUCUGUCGUCGUUUACGAAAGAGGUGAACAAACGAGAAUUAUGAAGUCCCUGUGAGGCAAUGCUCGACAAAAGCAGGACGCUCCAUGCACCUUUUAUGUGUGUCAGUUAUCAGACACUCAUUAAGCGAAACUGGUCAGGGAGUGAUUGUCACUGGUGAAACAUGCAUUCCACGGUCUCUAGUGUUAAGGCUCAAACCACUUAGACCUGAUCAUGAAAACUGCGAAUAUACUGGCAUGAUAAACUUUCCCCAGCAACAUUUCAUGUUUUCUAUUCACUUGCAAAUCACUGGUCUUAGCUAAAAAUCGUCUCCUAAACUUUCUGAGUGUACUUUUAGGUUUUGGGAGUGCCUUGGUUUCUCUGCAAAUUGUCUAGUCCUGAGGAUCGACUUUAUCCUUGGCUGCGUUUUUUCUGGUGUUUAGUAACGGCAACUCCUUGCUUUGAUACUGAUGUUGCUCCACCCCUUUUCUGUGUCUGAGACUAGGGUGCCCUGUAUGUGCAGGGAGCCGGGGUUUCAAUUGACUGAUGAAACAAAGAACAAAAUUUUGUUGAGGUCCAGGAAUGCAUAGUACAAUUCUUUUAUUUCAUUCCUCUAAGCCUCGCCUGGAGGUAAGUAUGAACUUUAAUAUAUCAAAUUACUGGAUGAAGGAACAAUAAAUCUUUGAAACCGUAUUAUAUCUCCUUUGAAAUAACAGCCAUAAAGUUAUUUUGCAACUGAUAAAAACGAUCUUUUCGCUUUAACUAAUUUAUGUAAAUGUUGCAAGCAAAAAAAGUUAUUCAUUCAUAGUUCAAUAUCCUUCCUGCAUACUCAUUAGCAUUUAGUUAUGUGAAAGUCACCCCAGACGAGCGAACCCGCUGGGGAAGACACGUAGGUGCUAAUAGAGUACACAGGAGGGUGGGCGGGCGGGGCGAAUCCAACCAAAGUUAGACAAACUGACAACUAUGAAUAAUCAACACAUGCUUAUAUACUAUGCACGAAGUCUAAUGAAUAUUAAUAAGGUAUAAAUAGUUCAAUAUCCUUCCUGCAUACUCAUUAGCAUUUAGUUAUGGGAAAGUCACCCAAGACUGCGCCUACCACUGUGAAAUUACCCUAAUAGGUCAUCCAAGCAAAUAAACCCUCCUAAACGCGCUAACACCCCCAACCCUAACUUAAGUUCAAGUCCCAUCAACUAAUGACCCGCAAGAGGGGAAAACCCUCUAAGUGAAGGCUUUAGUAAAACCCUGCAAAUCAUUAUAUUCCUUAUAAGCGUCAGCUAAGUCUAAAGUCAACGAAGAUAGGGCGUCAGCAGCGCCACCAGAGCUAAGUACUUGAUUUAGUUUCAUAUAGUGCAGUGCUGUGGACGAUGAUUUCCAGCCCACGUGGUCCGUGAUCUGAUCAAGUUUCGUUGCGGCAAGCGCAAGAGAAAUCGCACAACCACUUCUUAAACCGUGCAGAGUGACGUUCCAAUUAGCCAAGUCCGGGAGCUGGCUAUCGUACAGGGAUAAUCGGGACUGGGUUGCAGCAAACCCAAAAGGAGCAGGCAGAACCUCCCCCGAUGGGUUCAAAGGUCGAAACAAAAAUCCCCGGCGAACAGGAACCUUUAAUAAGUCGCAAAGAUUAACGUAAACCUCCACGGCGGUAACCGGGCACACUGUCGGAUCCACAUGACGCUUAAGGCCAAAGAGAUUCGAAGCACCAUCCCGCAGGGACUUCAUCAAGGUGUGGUUGAACAACAAGCCCUGGUUGUUUGGGAAGUGCUGCAUCUCCUGCGUUCGUACCCGACCCAAGUCGCCCGCCCUGUCACCGCCAAAGAGCUGUAUAUUAAAAAACGCUUGAUCCCGCGCUAAAAUAAAAAACUGUGAUGGAGAACGAAGGUGAGUGUUCAUGUGCCUAAGUAUCUCAGACGACAAGAUCACCAAAUCCCUGAAAAAGAAUGGCUCAGCUUGCUUGGGGACGACCCGUGCAACCAACUGCUCCUCUCUGAUGGCCGAUAAGUAGGACUUGACCUCAGGGGAAGCUGCAGGAUUAGCGAGCCCGAGAAUGGGGCCAUCAAUGGCAGUUCUACCAUAUUUGUUGAAAAUGGCUCUCAGUUUCCCAAUGGUAGAGUCAACCGAACCAUACGCCAAGCGUUUAGGGCACGAACAGGACGAAUUACUUCUCUCUCCAAAGAACGGACACGUAUCACAAUGUACCACCGUUUUACCAAAACUGUCCUUCCAAAUCAAGAAAUCGACAAUAUCAUCAGGAAUGGCCGUGCACAUGUCCUGUUGUGAAGUAAAUCUGAGGAAAUCCAUAAACUCAACCUCCAAGGCACUCUUCUGUUUCUGGUAUGGCGUAGAGCGUUGCCUAGCAACCGAACACUGUUUACGCGCACUUAUAACGGACAAAUUGACAGGAGCUUUAAGGUGAGGAGAAGCCUGGGAAACUCUCUUCUGACGUUGAUAACCACACCUCUGACAGAAGCGGAAAUCACAGUCAUUGGGUUUGGCGCAAACUGGACAAGACACACACGGUUGAAACAGUUUGGGAACAAUCGGCAAAGACUGAAAGGAAAACAUCACCCGUUAGGUCGUCCGCGAGGAGGAGCGUGCAAUUCGAAACGCCCAGAGGUCAUAGGGGCAUAAACGGGAUACAAAACCAUGUCGAGAAGGCAAAAGGAGCGCAUCGGCCGACCCCUUCUUAGCAACUAAAACUCUGCGGGUAGCGAACACAUUAGCAAUGGCCACCAACCAGGCAAAGGGGACAACUUCGGAACCACAAUUGUAACAGCUGCAUUUGCAGACGCAAAAAGGCGCAGCAAAGGGCCAAUCAACGAAAAAGGAGGAAAAACAUAAGCGUUUACAUGGUUGCCAUUGCACACGGACAGGUCUUGAUUAAAAACAUUAACCCCAGACGAGCUAGGAGUAGGAUAAGGGGUAAAAUGCCUCAACGGGUUCCCUUUCCCAUCACAUUGAACAUUAGAGUCCAGCGACAUGAGAUCAAGAUUAUGGCCGUUAACGCCCCCAAAAUGGCGCUGGACAAGAUCCCAAGAUGUUGGCAAAAGCAUAGCAUCUGAGGGGGACAACCUCCUACAAAACCAAUCCGCCUGAUUCGAGUUGGAGGGAACAAAACUCAUGUCAAGAGAAAGAUUUCUAGCCACCAGGAACUGGAAGAUAAGUUGUGAAAUUUGCGUUAAGGCCCUCGAGCACGGUCCCCGGCCCGACCACGAAUGGACGGCCACCAUAUUGUCGACUUGUGCAUCGAUCCCGCAAUCGCGGAUAUCUUCAGGGAGGGACUAUAGACCUUUGAUUUCCUUCACGUUUAUGUGCUCGCCCCGGAUGUCUUCACCCCAGUAAUCACCAACGGAAAGCGUUCCGGAGGGAAGACGAAUGACCGCUGCCCAUCUGAAGGAGGAUGCAUCCGAGGUAAAGGAAAUUGCCACAUGACUUUCACUUCUCCAUCGAACCACUUUGUCCCAACUGUCCAGGAACCUCCAGAACAAAAUCUCCUCUCGCAAAACUGGGGAUAUCUUUACCUCGCUACCAUUAGACGCCCUCGCUAUGGACACUGCCAUCUCCCGGACAUAAAAUUUAGCCCCUGGAAAAGCCAGUGAGAAGGAAAUGCAUUUCCCCAUUAGUCUUUGAAGGGACUUCAAGGAAAAAAUUGGGAGAAGUAUUUGUUCCCGCAAUUGAGCAAACUUCAAUUUCUUGUCUACGGGUAUACAAAAAGCUUGCGCUGCAGAGUCGACAAUCAUUCCCAAAUACUGGAUCCGAGUCGCAGGGACCAGGACGCAUUUAGCAAUACCCAAAAAAUAACCCAAACCAACAAGAACUUUGCAAACUAUAUACCAGGCCACCACCGUUGACCGAUAACUGUAAUCCGGAGUUCUCCGAGAAAUGGGACGCGACCAAAAACCCUCCGAAGAAAACAACUCCCCAUUCAAACGAUCGUCAAUGUAAAGAGAACAUGCCACCCCUAAGUUCCUGAAAAAAUUCGUUGGACCCAAGCCAACAGUUUGGUAAACAAAGGGGGAAUUCUUCCAACCAAACGGGAGCGUAACACCAACUAGCCACCACCCCUGCCACGCGAUGCCGAAAUAUUGCUGAGACUCAGGAGAAAGCAGAAUAUGAUCAUAGCCAGACUUGUCGUCGAUCUUGCUCAUGUAAGAGUUAGGAUACACGAAGCGAGAAACUCCAACGAGCGUGUCAAGAGAGAAAGGGGUAUCGCUCAUCCACAGAUUUAGGAACCGGGCGUCAAUGCAUAAUCUGGGCUUCUGCGGUUUGAUUGUCAUUGGGAGGACCAAGUGGGGCGGACUUACGUCCCCAACCCGACCCCAGACAAGGAUUGCCCCAGUCUCGAUGCGCUGUAAAAGUGUCUCUGUAACAAACUGCGAAAACUGUUUACAAUAGUGGUAGUUUUUUUUUAAAGGCCCUCGGUGGGGGAUUGGUGCUAUCAUAGUUAACGCCCAUAAAGGACCCCCGAAACGGCCUCAUAAAUUCCCUGAUAUUUACCCCCUUUCCUAUCCACUCAAGGACAUUUUCUGCAUGGUCAUAACCCUCCAAAAUAUCCUUCCAGAGGUCAAUGCAUGUACCGAGUUCGCCAGACUUAAAAGAAUCAGGAUCACGAAAAGACAAAUCAGACAUCGAAACGGGUGUUUCUCCCCGAACAAUGCUACAAAUAUCCGCCAGACACUUUUUACUGUUGGUCAUUUUCUCUGAACUCGGGUCUCCAUCCAACGAUAUCCAGCGUAUUUCUCUAUGUUCAGCCCUCUUCUCCGCUUCCAAGGGGCAAACUCCAAUACCUCUCCCCUUAAACGCUUCACCGCAGGCUAAAAGAAAUCAUCGAAACGAACGAUCAGAAGGGAGAAGUAGCCCGCGCCCAGAAAAUUGCACCCGAGUUCAGAGAGAAUGACCACCGUAGCCCGAGUAAUCGGGCCCAAGGGCAUGCCUAUAGGCAAAACGCUUGUGGGGUCACCUCUCUAACCUCGAGACAACAGAUUCGUAGGAAAAUACUAACAGAAACAUAGAAAACGUGCUAAGUACAAACUCGAACGCUUUAUUAUCAAUGAAACAACAUCAAAUAACUUCCAGGAAAAGAAUAUCAGAACAAACGUGAAAAUCAGGAUCAGCGCCUCUCUGGGCAAGAACGAGAGAUGUGGUCCAUCUUUCCACACAGCCAACAACGUGGAGCGGUCGGAGGCCUCAUGUUGAAAGUCCCACGCCUUGAAUACAGGGUUCUCCGCGUCCGUCCCCCGAACGACCCGUGGUAGGCUGAGGUAGGUUCCUUUGUCGCUUUGGCUAUAACCUUAGCCACCUCGGCUUCCUACUUCGUUGCCACGAGCUUAAUAAGAAUCUUCUGUAGGUUUGGACUGCUAACCAACGGGCGGCACUGUCUCAGGACUAUCUGAAAUCGGGUGGCCCUGUCGUCUUUCUUGUCUCUCGUAACGUUCACUACCUCCUCGAGAGCGGCAAUGGCGGCGUAAGGGUCGAACAAGGCCGCCGGCCGCGCGAUGACCAUUUGUAGCGAGGAUAAAGCCGAGUCCACCACAGAAGAAUCAACCUUUCUUUUCCAUUCGUCCAACUCCUUCUUCAAUGUCCCAACUGUUGUAGCCGAUUCCUACAUACAACAAAAGGGACGCUAAUUAAAAACUAUUCCCUGAUCGAACCCGUCCCCAGCACACGGGAACCCCUACAAGCGGCCAAGCGCCACCACGAGGCACCACUCGACUUCAACGCCUUCGCACGCGCUUUCUUUCUCGUUACUUAAGUAACCCGCGAGGCCAAACGCGCAAGAGUUCGCGACACGGUCCUCCCACGGUCCUCGAGUAACAGGAGUCCGCGACUCACUCUCCCUUCAUUUACUCUUUUUCUUUUUCUUUUUUUUUUUAGCUCCACGGUCCACGAUCAGGUGCCACGUCCCUCAAGCCACCGGGUGGCAUAACAGAAGUCCGGAACUUCUUUUUUCCUCCAUUCUUCCUUUUUUUUUUUCAUUUCUCGCACCACGGUCCUCGACCGAGUUCCUCUAUUCUCAUGCCAUCCCGAGGCAUAACAGGGGUCCGCGACUCCCUUUCUCCUCCAUUUUUCCUUUCCUUUUUUUUUUUUUUUUUUUCAUUUUUUCGCACCACGGUCCUCGACCGGGUUCAUCUAUUCUCAUGCCAUCCCGAGGCAUAACAGGAGUCCGCGACUUCCUUUCUCCUACAUUCUUCCUUUUCCUUUUUUUUUCAUUGUUUCGCACCACGGUCCUCGACCGGGUUCCUCUAUUUCGAUGCCACCCCGAGGCAUAACAGGAGUCCGCGACUCACACUUUCUCAAUCAUUGUGUUAACUACAAUCUAUUUCGACCGGUCCUGCAAUGCACGGAGAAAACAGCCUCACGUAGAUUUAAAUGACAAAGAUGACAACUAUGACGGUGCGUUAAAUAAAAAACAUAAUUAAUCCUUUGACUGGCACCUAAGGUGACAGACGAAUAAAUUACCAAACACGUGUUUCCAAAUAACGGAAAACCAGACCGCGUAGAAAAUUCGGUGAAAACCAACAAUUGGGAAAAAGCACAAAAAGAAAAGGGACCAAAAAACGCGCCAUUCGAAACAAAACGACAACUGGAAACCUACAGGAAAGCGGAAUUAUACGGAAACUGAAAACACUACCUCAAGGCUCUCCGACGACUGCUGUUCCUCCGAGGUCGCGGUAUUACUGAUAUCCUGCGAAGAUGCAACACUCCCGGAGGCCUCUGUCUCUGCAGGCAAUACAGGCGUAGUUGACGGCGGCAUUUCUCGACGAGAAGAAGUUUCCAGUGGCCGCAACACUUCCUGCACUUCAGCGACAGCGUUCGGUUGGGACGGACGCGUACUGGUCAUAGCCGGUGCAAAUCCAACCAAAGUUAGGCAAACUGACAACUAUGAAUAAUCAACACAUGCUUAUAUACUAUGCACGAGGUCUAAUGAAUAUUAAUAAGGUAUAAAUAGUACAACAAAUUGUGCGCAUUUGCACUAUUAAAAACAAACUGGGUUGUAGUUGUCCCUUGCAGUCAUGUGGUUUGCGGUUUUUUUUGUUGCUUCAAUUGUGACCCUCCACAGCAAUUUGAUGCUAAAGGUGAAAGCACGCUCACGACACGCUUGCAUGACACGCUUAGCGUGCCGGAGAUCACGGAUAUGCGCACAUUAAAUUGAAAAAACAAAGACGGACACACUUGCCUUUGUUUUGGUAAAUUUAACACGCUAGACCUUUUGUCUUUUUGUAGCGUGCAAGAUGUCACGGUAAGUGUGCGAAUUAUAGCACGCUUAGCUUGCAAUUUGGGUAAGACACGCUGAACACGCUUGAUUACUAAAACUGCGAAGAUGAUAACUGGUCGAAGUGAAUCAAAUAUACUAAUUGAGACUGUUUUGGAAUUUGAUCGUAACCGUAGCCAUUUGAAAAUCACCACUUAAUGGUCGUCUAGCCUGGAAUUAACGCGAGAUCAGUGUAAACCAAUUCCUCCGGCUGUUCGCUGUUGACCGGAAUCACAAAGUGGCCUGCUAUCGCAUGCGAGGCACUGAAGUUAUGUCGCAUGAAAAUUAUUGUUAUGCCACCGGAAUAUUUAUUAGCAGUCAUGCACAGAGAAAUGAAGUUGAAGAAAUUAGUUUAAUAUUCUUCUUUAAGCCAUGCUGAGACGAACGAAGGUAAUUAAAUCAGAGAAACAAAAACUGCCUAGACUUUUCUAUAGGUUGAGGAAGGCUAAACAUUUCUAGAUGACCGUUCCAUGCAUGUACAAUUUUCGAAACUUAUCUAAUAAAUUCCUUACGACUUUCUGAAGUUUAAUUUUUUACAUUUCACUCCCCAGGUUACGAUAUUUUUCGUAGAGAAAGGAAUCCUAAAAUUUUCGGAACCGAAAAUACGAUAAACAUUCUCACUUUCCUAAAACUUUCAAUUGGAUGCUAAAUUUUUCGGGAAAAUAAUGCUGAAGCCCUUUUAAUUUCGAAAAGACUGAAGUUGUCCUAGGAUGCUAGGAUGCAUUUAGGAGGAAAUCGCCGUUAGGUGCCCCUGAAGAACAAAGCGCUAUCAAUCAUAAUUUAUGUGAAGAAAUUAUCUCGUUACCCUAUGCUAAGACGAAUCAAGCGCUGUAAACGUGUACGAUAUCUCGUUCUUCACAGAACGAAAAAAAAAGGAAUCUGUGAACAAAAAACACUGUAGAAUACUAGACUCCGUUGCGAGAAACACAGAAGCAAACGUGUUUCCGUUUGCGGGUACAUCCUGGUAAGCCCGUUUUUCCAUGUUUCUGUUUCUGAGAAAAUUGUAAAUGUGUUUUAAAUUAAGGAAAAAGUUAAGAUAACCUUUGCACAGCUUCGUCAGUAAACAUUUCUGGAAAGAACUUUGAUUUUGCAAUGCUAAUAUAGUUCUACCCAUAAAUCCAGUAGGUCCCACCGUUCACUAUUUAUACUUUUCAAGCGACAACUUUUCUUCAAUCAGAUACUAUCGCUGCGAUCGCUGAGGCAGAACUUUUUCUUUCUCGAUAGUUACCAAAAAAGGGUACCGUUCAUAAUCAUUUAUGCUUCCUUUUUGUAGAGGAAAUUUAUUUAGCUUAUAAAUAACACGCCUUGCGUGCUUUUGCGCACACUGAAAGCGUGUUGUGCUUUUUCGCACGGAGCUUUUGUUUGAAAACUUUAACACGCUCUUUUGUUCGACUUGCUCACGCUUAAUUGUCUCAAGCGUGUCCUCUGAAACAAAAGAAAUUGCUAAUGAGGCAAGAUUGCAAGCGUGCUAAAGUGUGUUAAAAUAAAUUCUUUUGUUUUAAAGUGAAAGCGUGUCGUGCGCGUGCUUUCACCUUUAGCAUCAAAAUCCUGUGGAGGGUCACAAUUAAUUUAUUUGAUAGUUUGUCUUUCUUAUUGUCAGCUCGCGAUCAAAGCAUUGAGCAUGGUAAAAAGAAGAUAAAUGCUUUAUGCCCCAGAAGCCUGUAAGUUUCAUUUUCAUUCCUGUUACUGACUAUGACUGCAGCGUGGCCGAGUGGUCAGCGCUUCGGACUUGCAAUCCGGUGGUCCCGGGUUCGAGUCACGCUCUGGCCACUUGCUAGCUGGAUUUGUUCUCGGUCAUCCCGAGUUGAAAUCCUUGGCCACACUUGUAAACAGCCAACUGGUUGCCUCCAGCCAGUUUGGGUUUUUAAUCCUGUUAUGUUGUAUUUGAAUUAUUUUGUUUCCAGGCAUUUGAGUGGAGUGCCUGUAAACUAGCUGGAUAAGCUAAGUGCACUUUCCACGAUAAACAAACCUAUAAACCUUUUUUUAAUAACUAACGUCUAUCUCAACGACUAUCGGCGAAAGAGUCAAAACCGAUACUUGUGAUGUUUCAACUGAACAUUAAACACGUGUCUUUCGGUCGAGUGAGUUGAGAUACUCGAAGAUCUAGGGCGGUUAUCAUCAGCAGUCACAACUGCCCCGGAAACCAAUCCAGUGGUAAAGAGAAUUCCACUAUGAAUCCGGACUAUUCAGCCAAAUCAGUCAAUUCUUAAAAUUAUAGUGUGCCAGUCAUGGUGAUUUUUGGGGGAAAGUUUAUUUCAUUUUCUAUAUCAACAGCACGGCCAGCCAGAUGUCUUUUGAUAAACGCCCUUAGUUUCCCCGCCAAAAAAUUUUCUUUAUUCUUCGAGUUUCCAGUGUCGUUCACCUUGAGUAGAUGCUUGACUGGGCGGUUCAAAAACGAGAGUUUGAAGGUCGAGGAAUCGCACUCGUUUUAACAAUUUUUUUCAAAUUUGUCGAUGAUAUCUUAGAAAACGUUUUGCACUGUUUUUGCAUGUGCUAAAACACUUUCAGGAGACAAUUUUUGUCGAAUCUGCUGUAAAAAUAAUAACAAAAAUACUUGGGGAGUAUUAGGGAGCUUAAAAUAAAUCCUACAAGCUAGAAAGCUCUACUGGCCAAAAGCAGGAUGGGCUUUUGCCAAAAGGCCAUUCCCGAGUCGCCCAAAGCUUUUGUUUUAAAGCGCGACUAAGUGCAAGGCCAUUAAACUAAAAAUGAUUUUCUAUGCUCAUGCAAAUAAAAGCCUUUUUCACAAGGAAGUUUUUGUACUUAGCCUCGGUUUGAAACUCGGAAAUGGUUUUUCCCUGGCCAUAGUAACAGUCCCAGAAGUCCUUGCGAAAGUUUACUCGGUCCAGUUCCCUUCACGUCUCUUUAGCUUGAUGGUUUGUUUUCUCAAAGUAGGUCAAAACUCUUGAGAACUGUUUCUUUCAAAUUUCGUCUUAUUCCCACGCUUAUAUACGCACAAUUCAUGACAAAAGAAAAAAACAAAUUCCUUUGAGACCUUCACUGGGCUUCACUUCACAAAAAGAGAUAGGUAAUUUUGAAUAACUUUUAAAUAGUUUUUAAGUCUGUAAAAUAACUUGUUUUAGAUAGUAAAUAGUUUUUAGUUAGUUAAAAUUUCUAAAUAAGACUUUCGAUAGUUUUCUAAAUACUUUUUUGCUUGUUUUUAAAUUGCGUCUUUUAAUGCUAAUUUUUAUCAUUUUAUAGUGAUAGUGUAAAAUUAUUUUAAUAUUUAUUUUGUUUUUAUGUCUUAUAGAGGGCCACAAGUUUAUCCGUUUUUUUCAUAACUGCCUAGUGUUUACUCUCUUUAAAUAAAGGCGUUACCUUGCCUUACCUUUCUGGGCAACCAAAACAACAAGCUAACGAGGUCUAUUUUUGAAUCAUUCCUUUGCUGUCACUUCACCAAGACAUUUUCGGUAACAACAUUUUGCGGACGUAGACGCAAGACAUCCAAUCAUUCUUUCACUUUUUGGGCUUGGAUACGGUCUCAACAAUUCAAGAAUUAACAUCUAUUUCAUCCUUACGGAGAUGAGAGGAAGGAAAACUGAAAAUAUAGAUAACGGGUUCCAUCAAGGUCGUUAAUCUGAAAGAAAUACCGAACUGAAGGCGUAAUCAGUUAGUCGAGCGACGGAGCGAAGCAAACUAGCGCCAAGUUUUGUACUCAGUUGUGUACUGUUACUCAUUGUUGAUUAUUUAUUUUUAUUACUUUUUUAAGACUUAUUUGCUACGAGUUUGUGUCUAGUUCCACGUUGGAAGAUUUUCUUUGCGAUAAACGUACAGUUCUCAAUUUUGACGGCAUCUGCGCGGUAGCGACUGACGUGAUCAGCGCGAUUGAGCGACUGGAGGAUCAUGGGAUACUUCAUAACAACGUCACCACAAGAAACAUAUUGAUUGGUCCUUGCACGAGAGUAAGUAAACCAAUGUGCCCCGUCUACAGUUGGUAUGUAGUAAAACUUCCGUAUAUUUCUUACCAGAGGAGCCGAGUAAAACACGGAAAUCAACCACUGGGAGGUAAAAAGACAUAAGGGACUUGGCACGAUCGUUUAAUCUCAUAUAGAUGCCUCCGGGUUUUUAUUUUGUUGUUGUUUUUGUUUUUUUCUUUUCGAUUUUUGAAGAACUCGGUUCACUUGCUCUAUAUGAAAUUGAAUUUUGCUAUGGUUGUUUUCAGUUUUAUUUCCAUGCUUGUAAAUUUUUCAAAACGAUGCGACAAAUGAGUUGCAUUCAGUAUGGGAAAUGCUAACCUACGAUGCAAAGAAGACGGAAAUGAUUUAUUUCUCUUCUCGGCCGCUUCCUUUCCGCCUACGCCCUCUCGCCGCAGUCUCAAACGUUUUGAGUUAAUAAGAAGAAGAUCUCCAGACUGGGCGAGCCAAGAGAGCUUGCGCAUGCGUUAACUUCAAAGAAUCAUGUAACCUUAUUUAGCUCUUAUUUUUUGUAGCUUCCUCCAAUAAGAGCUGUGUUGGGAGGUUUUUCUCAAGUAUCUAAAGCUAAUGAACCUGGGGCAUGUACCAACUGGUCGGUUGAAGAACAUGGUAGUCAUGGUAAAGAUCUUGAGCAAUUUGGACAAUUGCUAGCUACAUUGCUAGGACAUUGCCACGGUUCUAGUGAAUACACCCAGGUUUGUCCACAAUAG